CUCACUCGGGGUUAAAAAUAAGGACGAUGCUUGUUGGUCAUAUUUUUACAGUUUUGUUUAGACGUUAUUGAUCAAAGGAGCGAUUGUGUUUAUGAUGAGGAAUUGUAUCGACGACGUGUCAGAAACAAUACAUCCAUUACCGGCUUUCUAAGCUCGCUGCGCUUUCCAAAGAACCUCCGUGGACUCACCGAAUAUGAGUUAUCAAGAAACGGCGCAAAUUACAGUGGACAACUCGGACGCACUGGUUGAUGACGUCAUCACGAUAACAGUUCAUGGUCUGGGCGCAGGUCAGAGGAUAACGUUACGUGCACAGAUGCAACGCGAUGGGCGAACGUUCGGAGCAUGCGCGUGGUUCACUGCAGACGACAAUGGCGUCAUCAUUCUUGCACGUGAUGCCUCCACUGGCGGAACGUAUGAAGGCAUCUCACCAAUGGGCUUAUUCUGGAGCAUGAAAUCCGCCCCUGACCAGCCUUACGGUCUGCGGCUGCUGGUCAGAAACGCCUCCUUCGCGCUCAUCUGUGACAUUGCGGCUUUUCCUGGUCACGUGAAUUUCGCGGAAGUGUUCAACCCUGAUCACGUGCCAAUGUGCACGCGCUCAAUACGGCGCUGGUACAUGAGCAGAGGUGUACAAAAGACUCCCGUCCGACAGGGGCGACUGCGGGGGACGAUGUUUAUUCCGCCAGGUCGCGGGCCAUUUCCGGGGGUUAUCGACAUGUUCGGCACGGCAGGCGGCAGCAUUGAGUUCCGAGCCGCUCUGCUGGCUUCACGGGGCUACGCCACUUUUGCGCUGGCGUACAUGCGCUACCAAGAUUUACCUUUGAACAUUUCCGAUGUGAAUUUCGAAUACUUUAUUGAAGCAGUCGAGUGGUUCGCAAGGCAAGAACACGUGGACUCUGAGAACAUUGGUGCUAUUGGUGUUUCGAAAGGAGGGGAAAUUGCUCUGCAUAUGGCUUAUUUCACCGACAAGAUUAAGGCUGCGGUCAGUAUAAACGGUGCGCCGUUUUUCACCCACGUCCCAAUGAUGUAUAGAAACAGCCCGUUAGGCCAGAGCAUAUUUUCCAAAGACAAUGUGAUUCUAACAGAUGAAGGAAUUCUUACUAAAGAUAUGAUGGACUGCGAAAUAGAGAAAUAUCUUCCGGUAAGCAGUGUCCCAGCGAGAGAGAUCCAUGGGGCUCGUGAGUACUCAUGUGGAGCCCAUAGGGAAGUCCAUUUGGAAGAAAGACGUCAACGUUCUUUUGAUAAAUGGGGCAAACGACGAAUGUCUUCAUCCCAAGAUCCUCAGAACGCUGUACGACCUGUAUCCAGGGGACCGGAAACACCUGUGUCAACUGUACGCAUAUAAGGACGCCGGACACCUGAUCGAGCCGCCUUAUGCACCGCUGGCGAGAGUGACGAAGAAACAGAACGAAACUGUCGCUGAUCAUGAAAAAGGUGCGAGCAUACCUACCUAAAGGUUAAAAUAUACUAACAGAUUUAAUUAACGAAUUCAAUGUGAAGGCUAUUACUUUAACAACUAAUACUAGAGUCAAUAUUAUGCGUGUAGAAACCCUCAUAACCAUACCUUUUCUUAUUGAGCAUUCCCAGCCGAAUUGAUUUCACCAAUAAAAAGAUAGGUCAUGCGAUUUGUAAGAAAGAACUCGACAAAAAUCAAAGGUCACUGUUUUACGACCAUCUUUGUAACGACUACACUCCAUAUGAAGCUAUUCUGCCAAAUGUCAAGGUAUCAUCAUGGAUUCUCCAAUCUUGAAGCAAAGCAGAUAACUUGUAAUACACAAAAUGGUGUUCAUACCACGCGCACAUACAGAGAAUUGUGUCUUAAAAUAAAUUGUGUUGAUUGUUCAGAGACGAUAUCAUGUGUAGUAUACUGUAACUAAUAACCUUUUUAUCUUA